UCUUAUAAUGGAUAUAGAAAUAAAUUUGUUGCCCAUAAUAUGGUGGGCCCCUUAUUUGACUAUUUUAGAAAGUCAAAGAAAAAGCAAAAAUGUGCCAAAAUUCCAAUACCCAUCUCCUCCUAUAAAUAAUUAUAACAAACAAUUCACAAACUCAGUGCUCAGCAAAAGUCAGCGCCGUCCUUUCUUCCUCUCUCUCACAAACAGGACAUCAUCAAUUCAAUUGAAUUGUUCUGUGUUUGAAAGUUUCAUGGUCGAUUGCCUGAUCAGGAUGGCAGAUUGGGACCUCUCCGCGGUGGUCAGGAGCUGCAACUCCACCACCCAAAAUGGCCUAAACCAAGACCCAUUAGCCUUUCUAGCUUCUUUACCUUAUGAACUUGAAAACGAACUCCAAUUUUCAUUCCCCAAUCUUGUAGACUCCACUUCAAAUUUUGAUUUUGAUGAAUUGCAAGACUCGUAUAUGCCUUUUUUACUCCCCCAACCCAGAACCUCCUCCAUUUUCAAUGGAAUCCAGCAUCAAACCCCACUACAACAACCCACCAACAACAAGAAACCCACUAACUCUGCUUUUGUAUUUGGAGAAUCCAGCUACAGCCAACAACAGAGACGGCCAAAAAACCCAGAGAGAUCUCCAGCACUAGCACGAUCGCGCCCAUCCAGACCAAGGAAGAGGAAGAACGAGCAGAAGAGGGAGGUAUGCCAUGUAACAGCAGAGAAACUGCCAUCGGACUUAUGGGCCUGGAGGAAGUACGGACAAAAGCCCAUUAAGGGCUCUCCUUACCCAAGAAGCUACUACAGAUGCAGCAGCUCAAAGGGGUGUAGUGCGAGGAAGCAGGUGGAGAGAAGCAACAGGGACCCCAAUAUGUUCAUUCUCACAUACACUGGGGACCACACACAUCCAAGACCCACGCACAGGAACUUGCUCGCCGGCGGUACCCGAAACAAAGUCCGAAAUACCGGAAGCAAAAACGACACCGCACAGGCCUCUACUGCUGCGGACAGGAAGAGUGAGGAGGUUGAGGAGCAUGAGUUUGAGGGUUGCGAUGAGGCUCUGAUUCCUAACUUGGCUAUCAACGAUGAUCUCUUCGCGGAGUUGCGAGGACUUGGUUGUGCCAGAGCGGUUGAUGAAAACUUCCCUCCAUGGUCUCCUGGUAGCUCUGCCGCCACGGCCGGUGCAGGUGGUGGCUAAGGGAGGGAUUACGGUUUUAAAUUUUAGUUUUUUUAGGUGGGGGUAAUACAGAUACAGUAGUUGUAAAUUUAUUAGAAAAAAAAAGUUCAAUUUUUUAGGUGAAGAAAAUAAGGAAAAUCAUACACAUGUAGUCCAUGCAUACCUCACUUUUUAAUAGAAUUUGUGGAUGCAUUUUUUUUUUCAUAAGGUAUU